AUGAUAAUAUUAUCAACGUUAUCUUCCUUUGUGAUGAGCGAUUCUCCAGUACAAGAUCUUUAUCUCUCACAACCAGCAGACGACUUCAAUUCGGGAUUUCCUUGUGGUCAAAAUUCAUCACAACCAUGCUCGGACCUGAAAAACACAAUCCUAACCAUCAAUCAAACCAUCUAUGACAUGAUUGCAUCUCCAAAUUUUGAUGGAGAAUAUUAUUUCAAAUUUAAUGUGUGGCUUCUGAAAGAUUAUUCUGCGAUUUCAUGUAUUUCCAGGUCCAUAGCUAUUCCUUUUAAUGUAGAAGUACAUUUUUAUGGAGUUGACCCACCGAGAAAGACAUUACUGAAGUGUGAUUCGGGAAUUACUGUACACAUUCCGUUCUUAAAAAAAGUAACCUAUUCCAAUAUACAUAUUCGAUCUCGACAUUUAUUUCUUUCCGAGAUACAUAACUGUAUCGUAAAUGGAGCUGCUAUUUAUUCCCUAUCAUCUGAGCAAGCACGAGCAUUUAAAAUUGUAGACUCUCAUCUCACGGAUGUUUUGGUUCAAAUGAAGGAGGCAGAGCAGGUCAUUAUUAGAAAUAGUACCAUUGAGAGAGGUAGACUGGGUUGUUUACAAUGCACGAAUAUCUCAUUCGAUGACACCAACAUUUUACAAAUUGAUGAUGUUCAAUUAAUCGAUAGUAAUCAACUUAAUAUUGUUAAAUCGAAGAUUGUUGGAAUUACAUUGAAAUCUCCGCUUCGAGUAUUUAAUGCUAAGACUAUAUUCAUCAGCCAAUCAUCCUUACUCAUGGCUGUGAGUAUGGAAAAAGCAAUGCAAGUGGAAAUUGUGGAUUGUAAUGUUGAUUUGAGCCAAGCUCGAUCUCCAUCAACAAAUUUAGGACUUGGAAAGAGCAUUUUUACAUUUUCUCUAUUGUUAAAAUUAUUCAUUUCUAGAACACGAUUUAUCAACAAUGUUCACAAUAUUGGAACUCUAAGGUUUCAAUUUAUUGGACGAUUAUUCAUGAACGAGACUGAAAUUUCCAAUAAUAAGUGUGGCAGUUCCACACACGCGGUGGUCGCUUUCGAAGAUUGCACCAAAAUAUUCAUCUUCAAUAGUACAUUUUCAAAUAAUAGAGCACUGCAGACAGGAGCCAUAUAUGCAUCCUAUGGCAGUUUGGAAAUUGAAAAAUGUAUCUUUGAAAACAACACAUCGAUUGAGAAUGGAGGCGCCCUAGUUUCCAUGUUCACAGAGACAAAAAUUACUAGUUCUAUUUUCAGGAAUAAUUUAGCCAUGAAUGGUAGAGGUGGGGCUUUGUAUCUUUAUAACUUGGAUUUUUUGUUGAAGGAUUCCACUUUAAUGAACAAUCAAGCACAACUUAGUGGAGGAGCAAUUGCAAUCGAGAAUUCUCAUAGAUGUGAUAUUUAUUAUUGCGAUCUUUUAUAUAAUCAAGUAGUCACUAGAAAUGUGACAGGAAGUUUACAAGAUGGGAUUGGUGGUGCUCUCGCAGCCACAAGAUCCAACACAAUCGUACACUACAGCAAUUUUUUGCACAAUGUAGCUCUGUUUGGAGGAGCAAUUGCAUGUGAAAGUACACCUGAUUUAUACGAUAGCAUGUUUGAUCACAAUUUAGCUCACUAUGCAGGCGGCGCAAUUUUUGCAAUUCCUUUCACUUCACGUUACUCUUUUACUCGCCCCACUCUAGGAAAAGCAUUUAGAAAUAACAUGGCUCUGUCAUAUGGACCCAACAUGGCUUCUCCCAUUACGGAUUAUAACGUCAGCAUUAAUGACGAUUGUCAACAGACUGAUGAUCAUUCACUCUCAAGCAUGGAAGCAACAAAAAAUUUAACAUUAUAUUUUGGGGAAGAGUUUUGCAUUCGAUUUUAUGGCGCUCAAGACGCAUACCAUAACUCAGUAUCGGAAGUUUUUGAAACGGUAGACAUACAUUCUAUGACAGGUGGUAGUCCAGUAACUCCCGUACUUCUUUCUGUGAAUCCCAAGGAGAAUAUGGCCAAAGUUAUGUUAAAACUUGCGCAAAAUAGCAAAUACUACUCUAUUCAACGAUUCAGAGUGGAGACAUAUCUUGUUUCAACAGAAUUUUCAUUGACCAUUCGAGAUUGUCCGACAGAUUGGAUCAUUGAAAAUGGAAUAUGCACUCAAGGAAUUCGAUUUUCAUUGAUUAUUCCACUUGUAAUUUUUGGAGGAAUUUCAGCCAUGUUGUUGAGUUUUGUGCUUGGAAUUUUCAUGUCUUUUCAUUUUGUGAAAUUAUUGAUUUGGUUGAGAAAAAUUUACAAAAGAGAACGAGUUGAGAAAGAUAUUGAAAAGAAAUUGUUAGAUUAUGAUUUUGGAAAUUUAACAAAUGAAGGAAUAUUGACAACAAACCAUUCUCUUCAUCAUGACCAUGACUCUUCACAACAUCAACAAGGUGAUUAUUAUGAACUUGAAACUUGUUCUGAUAUUCACUCACUCAGCAACAAGAAGAAACACUUGCCAUUGUUAUCAUCAUUUUCAAAGAAUAAUUCUUCAAAUACGCUCUCAUUGAUCAUUCCAUCAAGUGAAUUGAAAUUUGAAAAAAAAAUUGGUGAAGGAGCAUCUGGAUCAGUUUAUUUGGCUCAAUGGAAUUCAAAUCGAGUGGCAGUGAAAACAUUAUCUCGAGAUGAUGACUAUUCAAGUAUGGAUGAAUUUGAAAAAGAAAUUACAGUUCUCAUCCAGUUGAGACAUCCAAAUAUCAUUAAUUUUUAUGGAAUUUUCAUUUCAGAAUUCAAGAAAUAUAUGGUUGUUGAAUAUUUACAAGGUGGAAGUUUGGAUAAUUUGAUCAAGAAAAUGAAGAAUCAAAAUGUAAUCAUUUCCAUGAAAGAGAAAAUGAAAAUAUUGAUUGGAAUUGCCUCUGGAAUGAAAUAUUUACAUAAUUUACAACCUGCCAUCAUUCAUCGAGAUUUGAAACCAGGAAAUAUUUUAUUGACAUCGGAUUACACAGCAAAAAUUGCAGAUUUUGGUCUUUCAAAAACUAUUUCAAUGAAUACUUGUAAUUCAUUGACGACCAAUAUUGGAACUCUAUUUUACAUGGCUCCUGAAUUACUUUUAGGAACAGAUAUUUCAAGUGAAAAUGUUCAAGAAUAUGCCACAAAAACAGAUGUUUUCAGUUUCUCAAUCAUCAUGUGGGAAUUGUUGUUUGAAGAAAACCCUUAUCACAAUGAUGAUUCACAAAAGAUUCAUUUCUUUUCAAAUCAACAACAUGACAGGAACAAGAAUGGAUCCAACAAUUCAAGAAAACAUGUGAAUUCACUCAAUUUCUUGUCACUCAUUUUGAAAGAAGGCAAUAGACCAAUCAUUCCUUUCAAAUCAAAUUCAAACAAUCAUUUUCAUCAUCAUCACGAUGAAAAUACUGCUAUGAAUUCAUCUGUAAACGACAACAACAACAAUAAUAUCACUUGGCAAAUGGAGGAUGAAACGGAAAUGAAAAUUUGGUGUGAGAAAUUCCUUCAAAAUUCAUCUCCUCCAUUUCUAUCAUUCAUGAAAGGAUACAUUUCAUUGAUGGAAGAAUGUUGGAAUGAAGAUCCUCUUCAAAGACCUGGUUUCAAUCGAAUUUUGGAAAUUCUCUACACUCUCAACCAAUUUCUCUAA